GGCCAGCGGACUUCCUCCAGAGUGACCUCCAAUGAAAUGAAACAGGUUGGGAAUUGUUGGGGCGGUUUCUUGGAGGCUUGACACUACUUUAUUUCUGGAGUGAUCCUUAAAAAUACAUCUCGAAACAGAGAGCUAUGCAUCUAGAAAUCAUUUUCAACAGGCAAUUUUUCUGCAAAGUAAAGUGUCUUCGAAGAUGACAGAAAGACGAUGUAACUUUGGCUUGUAUUAAAAUUGUGAACUUCUACGAGUACAGUAAACGCUGGGAUUUCCAAAUUCCGUCUACUUCUGGCAGAAUAGUGAUGGAUCAGUUUCGAGCCAGGCUUCUCUCUGUCUCAAAUGGAAUAACAAACGACGAACUGGGUCAGUUAAAGUUUGUUUGUAAACAGCAUAUUCCUGUCGGUGUUUUGGAGAAGAUUGCCCGCCCGCUUGAAUUGUUCGAUGAGCUGGAAAACAGGAACCUAUUGAGUGAAGGAAAUACGGAGCUUUUGGCAGAACUGUUAUCCGAGAUAAAUCGUUUUGAUCUCAAAGAUGAAUUACUCUGUGUUAAAGGUUAGUAAGCUAGAUUUCACCUUUCUAAUUGUAGCCUAUUUGUUGAACAGUCAUCAAAUUUGUGGGAAGUACAGCUGCCAUUUGUAAUUACGUUGAAAAUUACAAAGUAACGAUUUACAGAAAUUUCGUGUAUUAGUACACUGCGCCUUCAUGUAGUUGGAUUCUCGCAGCCCAAUUUGCUAACCACGUUUAGUAUGAUUAUAAUUCGCUAUUAAGCCUUUUGAUCCAUACUUUAAGAGGGCAAAAAUCACGAUAUUCUUUUCACUUUGCUGACCUGUUGUUAGAUUGAAUAAAUGGAGAAACAGGUUGAGUAUUCGGCCGAGAAGAAAAGUUGUACGGUAUCUAUCAUGAUUGGUUUUCCAGACUGAGACAAGAAAGAGGCUAUGCUACAAAUGCAUGGUUUUUUUUUUUCAUUUUAUGAAUACAAUGGGUACUGAAAAAAAAUGCAUAAACUAAAAUAAACUUAUCGAAACAUUCAAACAUCUCUGAUUUGUGCAUACAUAAGAAACUCAAAUUGAGUAAAAUGGGGUUUAAAUUUUGACUUUUUUGUUUAAUAUGCAAAGCACAGUUUUAUAUAUCAUAUACACUAACUGACUAGCAAGGGGGCUGUCCAGGCUUCCAAUUGAAGUCAACAGUUUCAUACCUGCAAAGCUAUGGCUGAUAGCAAUAGCAUUGGAGAGAGACAUUUUUUUGUCUUGUCGUGAGGAUGGGACAAAGAAAAAAUUCUGAGUCCCCAUGAGGAAUUGCACUUCAGACCUUUGGUAGCAUUUGCUCUGUUCCCCUGUGUUUCAAACGUUUUCGCUUCAUUUAUUGUCUAUCAGCCCUGAAUAACUCGUCUAAAUGGAUAACUAUGAUGUCUCAGUUAAUAAUAGUAAUAGGACCGAGUGGAGUCUAAUUUGGUCUGUAAUCAUACAAGUGAUUAACAAAAUCGGACAACUGCGAAGCAGGAGGCUGAAUUAUCAAUCACGAGUAUAAUUAAAGACAGAAUUGGAUGACAUGAAGUCCUUUAACUAAUUAAUCAUGACUGUUACAAUUUCCAACAACAACAAAUACAUUUAGAACAAACACAUAUAGUAGAGACAAUGUCUAAAAAUUCCUCAACUUUUGAAAUUCCACAACUUUUUUAGGAUAAGUGGUUGUUGCUAUCAUUAUUGUGAUCAAUUCUGUGAUUGGUGGAUUUGACUGAAAGGACUAAGUAUGAUUAGCUGCUUCAACUGUCCAAUUACAGUCAACUGUCUAAUUACACAGUCUGAUUACAACUCUACAAAAUGAUUAAUGAAAAAUAAAGCAGCUAGUCUGCACCAUUCACCUUUGAGGAAAUUGUAUUGGUAAUGAUUAUAUUCAGAUUUGUUCUUUUAAUUAGUUAUGUUUUGUAAUUUUUUAUUUUUUUUUAGUGAAGAACAGAUCAGGCGAUGCAGUUUUACAUCAUAUGCAAGAAUCCCUAUGGGAUCAUUAUCAAAAAAGCAUUGGUUGGAUUCAGCCAAUCUCCUGGAAUGACUCAUUCCAGAUUCACAUAGACCACAUUUACACCAAUUUGGAAAUCAUAUCAUUGGUGUCACAGGGUAGAAGGUGUAUUCAAAAUCCCUUGGAUUCUUACCCCAUGAUGUUUUGUAGUCGUCCUGGAUGUUCUAAACCAAGACGAAUACUGGUGGAAGGUGAAGCAGGUGUGGGAAAGAGCACAUUUCUGUGUAAGAUUGCUCAUGAUUGGUCUAGGUGUGAUGACAAGGUACUGCCGUUCACAGUUGUAAUUCUCAUUGAGCUGAAGCAAAUAAAGGGAAGUUUCAAGGAUGCUAUCAUCCAGCAGUUGUUUCCUUCUGAUUUUCCCAUUCCAGUGUCUCAAUUGCUUAGUUACCUUGCUUCCCAUCAGAGAGAAGUCCUUUUUCUUCUAGAUGGUUUUGAUGAAGCAAACUUGUCAUGCCUGACUCACCUCCAAGACAUUCUGAGGGGAAGAAUUUUUCGAAAUUCCUGUGUUGUUCUCACAUCAAGGCCAGGUAAAACCACACAUAUCCAACGAAUGAUGGACACACGACUGGUUAUUACAGGAUUCACCACUGAAAACAUUAGAAGCUAUGUGCUAAAAUAUUUUCAAGAUGAUGCUAGUACUGCUGAGCUGUUAUUGUCUGAACUGGAAACACACCCAGUCAUUGAGGACAUUGCAAAGGUUCCCUUGACAGCCAUGCUGAUAUGCGCUCUGUGGGAGGAUGCCCCAGACACUGCCUUUGAAGCUCUGUCUACACUUACAACUCUUUUUACAGAGCUAAUUUUACUCAUGGUAAAACGAUACUUUGCCAAGAAUGCUGCAGGUGGUGAGGCUAAAGAUGGGGUGUUCACUGACUUGGAAGAUAUCCCCAAGGAUCUUUAUAAUGACCUGCUAGUUCUAGGAGAGAUUUCUUUGAAUGCUUUACUUGAAGACAAUCUCCUGUUUGAUGUGCAAGCAUUGGAGAAGAAGUUAUCUAACAAAACUGUCUUUGAACUUGGUUUGUUGUCACAGGAGACAAGCACUUCCAGACUGAAGCCAGUGCAGAAGUGCUGCUUUGUUCACAAGUCUUUCCAAGAGUAUAUGGCAGGAUUGUGGCUAAGUCGUGAAAUUAAUUGCACUGCAAAUGAUCCAUUAAGAUUGAAGAAAGUCCUUUCUCUAACCUUGAAAUGUGUUACAAAAGUCUCUGACUCUCUUCUACUAAAUUUUGUUUCUGGGCUUGUUGGGGACAACUUUGAGAUUGUGUUUGUACCCUUGCUUGAAAAUCUCAAAGAAACCGUCAACACUUCUGACUCUUGUGAAGCAAAUGACUUCCUUGAAUUGUUUGUUCUUGCUCUGUUUGAGUCCCACCAGGGCCACCUUGCCAGUAAAUUGGGGGCAACUCUUCUUGAUGGAAUCUUGAAGUUAUCUGGUCGUGAUAUCAGUCCUUAUGGUGUGCGAGCUAUGACAUAUUUCAUGCAAAACAACCCUGACCUCAAGUCAUUUGUUCUAGAACACAGUCAGCUAGAAAAGCAGACUGCUGCCUUUUUUGCAAAUUCUCUUUCACAAAUGCCUUCUCUGAGAGAAUUGUGCUUCAAUCAGAAUAUCGUAGGGGAUGGUGUGGUAGAAGCCUUCAGCAGGAAGUUGUCCCCCAACCUUCCUUUGGAGAGGUUUGUGUUCAGUGGAAAUGCAUCUAGGCGAGAUAUUGGCGAUGACUUUGCAUUAAUUAUGAAGUCCUGUCCAAACCUGCGCCAUCUUGAUUUGAGCUACAGUGGACUUGGAGAUGAAGACAUGAAAGAUGUCAUUGAUGCCCUGAAGUUUGUCCCUAAUUUGAAAUCUCUGGAUCUGAGUGGCUGUAAGUUAACCCAGAUCAGUGUGGCAUACUUGUCAAAGAAGUUGUCUUGUACUGCCACCCUGACCAGUUUAAGCCUUGAAAACAACAUCGACCUUGGAGCUGAGGGUGUAAAGGCACUGACAGGUGGACUGCCCAAGGUCCCUCAUCUGGAAAAUCUAUCCCUUCAUGAUGUAAAUCGGAAGACAGAUGUUGCUAGUGAGACUUCUAGAAUCAUUUUUACAGUCCUUGGUGAAGCCUUUGCACACUGCCCAAAAUUGACAAGGUUGGAUCUUUCUGCAAACUUGCUACAUCAAGGAAAGUUUGUUGGAGACUGUGUUAGAAAGACCCCAAGGCUUGUCCAUUUAGACUUAUCUGGCAAUGCCUUUCAAGAUGAAGGUGCUGAAAGUUUGGCAAGUGCCCUUCCCUGUGUACCUGGCCUCUCAGAACUGCUUCUAGACAAAAAUCAGAUCACAUGCAAGGGACUUGUGACUCUUAGUGAGGGCUUCAAUUGUACACCUUAUCUAUGCAAACUAUCAUUGAAGUCUAAUUGCAUUUCGGAUGUUGGUGUUGCAGCAUUAGCGACUGUUGCUCCCUACAUUUGCCAAAUGAAAGAACUGUGUCUGGGAUACAACAACAUCACUGAAGCAGGUUUAAAUGCACUAUUUACCUCAUUUAAAUCUUUCUCGUCAUUGCAGUGCCUUGAUUUUAAGGGUAACCUGCUCAGUGAAGAAGGAAUUUCUGAACUUGGCACAAAGUUAUGUGAAUUGCCAAAACUGAGGCAUCUGUACCUUUGGAGUCCUGUGGCACAGCAUCCUUCAGAUCAACCUACAGAAACUACCAGGUCUUUGGAGUUCAGUCCUGCGACCAAAUUAUUUCCAGGUAACAAAUUUUCAUGUAGCAACUUUACUCCUUAAUUCCCAUGAGUGAUCAAGACAGAAUUUCUCCUUUCAAUUUCAGUACAAUAUCAAACAGAAUAAAAAAAAAUUAACUAGGGGAUAUGGUAAAUAAAACAAGACUGGUGGUUGCUAAAAUUUUCUGGGUUUGUUAGUGAUUAUUGCAUGAAUAUUAUCUACAGUUGAAUCCAAGCUUAUAAAAUUCACCAAUGCUAACAUUGAUCUAGUGAUAUUGAUUUCUCAUUUUAACUAUGGUCUACUGCACUGAGUAUAUCUCUUAAGCAUCAAGAUGAGUUCCCUAGUCCAUUAUUGUAUAAAUUUUCUUUUCAGUGUGCUCAGAUGAUUCACAUGUAUCAAGAUUCCAUUUUUUUAACGGAUUGGUUGAGUGAAUGUUCUUGUUCAUUCUCAAAAACUUUUGGCUGAAAGAGGAAGUUACACUGUGGUCUUGUAAAGAGCUACCAAGUAACUCAGGCCUAGCAAAAUAAAUCGUUGCUUGUUGCACGCUGUGAUAGCCUACUGAGUUUGAUACAGAGUGUUAUAAUUAUUUCCAUCAUGUUUCACCAAACAAACUGACUUGUACCAUCUGUUUUUUACACAACUAUUUAUUUAUCAAUACUUCAUAGGGUUAAUAUAAUUUAUUUUGUUUCUUUUGUGGAUUAUCAGGUCUCAAAUACCUGGAAAAAUGGAGACAGUCAGCUACAUUUGCUGAUGACAAAUACCUCAAAUGUUAUGUAGCCCUUAAGGAAGAAACAUUUAAGCUGCUUAUGACAAGUGCACAUUCACAUGCUUCACUGGAGGGAAUUUAGUAAGUACAGUCAAACCUGCAUUACUAGUGAGGGGUAUUGUAUUAAGCAGUCACUCUUUAUUAAGUGGUAGGUCUUCAAAGUCCUAAAGUUAUUGUAAUUUUUACCUCUAUUAUGCAGCCAUGGUUACCCUUUACUGAGUCCCGAGGGCCUGUUUGCAUUGUUUUCCACCUGUAUUGAAUAGUCACUUUUAGGGGAACCACUAAAAUUGAUCAAAGAAGAAUCUUUCAAGUUAAAUUUAAUCCAUAUUCCUUUCCUGAAAUCAAUGUUUGAAGUACUUUUAAGCAAGGGUUUGUACAUUAACCCUUUAAUUCCCAUGAGUGACCAAGAGAGAAUUUCUCCUUACAUUAUCAAUGCAGUAUCAAGCAUACAAGUGAUGAGAAUAAAGAGGAAAACUCAAUUAGGGAACUACAUGUUGAUCCAAUACCAAAUUCUCCAAAUCAACAUCAUAAGUACAUGUAUUUUAUGGUAGACGGUAAGGAGAAUUGCUAAUGAGAUCUUGGGAGUCAAAGGGUUGAGUGGAGUUUUCUAUCAGAGAACUAGAACCUGUAUUGAGCAGUCAUCCCACCAUUCUCCAUGGGUGACUGCUUGAUACAGGUUUGACUGCACUUCCAUUUUUGAUAUCCAAACAAAGAUUCAGGUUUCAAAUGAGAUUUUAAUUUUCAUUUCUUUUCCAUUCCACCUCUUUCUAUUGCUAAAUGUUUUUAGGGAAGUUUGAUAAGUGUGUUAAGCUGCAAAAAUGCAGAAAGCCUUUCACUGCAAGUAUUUUUGAGGGGCAAGUUUGCAUGUGUAUAGAUUUCAAUUGAGUGCAAUAUUGAUUUAUUUUUAUUGUCAAAGAAUAUGGUCUAAUUUAUUUUCUUUCUGCACCCUAUUUCAGUCUCAGUCAGACAGCCAUUCCUAAGGGAACUGAUCCACAGAUUUAUCCCCGUCUUCGUCUGGUUGGACAGUACAGGAAGGAGUUAUGAUUGACAUGCAUCUCUAUAAACACUUAUAUUCACAAAUGUAAAUAAUUUCUUGGAACAGAUUGAAUUAUCUGUCAAAGAGGAAAUUUUGCCAUUUUGGUUCCCCCUUUAACGGUAAAGCCAGUUUCAACUGUAUGGUCCUUCAACCUAAAGUCCCUUUUAGUAACAAAAUAGUUCAAGAUCUAAUUUUAAUGAUUAAUGAAAGGUGCAACUUUCAUAAUUGCUCAGGAAAAAGAAAAAAGAAAAAAUCUUGGUCUCUUUAACUUUCACUGAUAGAAUUCUGUGAGCAAAUUUUUUUAGAAAAGUUUAUUAGCAUGAUCAAAGAAAGGUACUUUAGAUACAACUAGCUUUGAAGAAGCAUCUUUGGAUAACUCUACAACAGAAUUCUAAACUUCAAAACUAGGAAUAAUGUAUAUUAAGAGUGUACAUUGUGACGAAGGAAGAUAAUUUAAUUCUUAAAUUAUUGUAUGCACUUGGAAUGAGCAAACGUAAUUUUAGAUGCACUGUGAUUAAAGUGGAGCUCAGCC